CCUCCACCUCCCUUCUACCUCCCUUCUACCUCCCUUCUACCUCCCCUCUCAACAAAACAAAAGCAAAAAAAAAAACCAAAAAAAACCAAAACAACAUAGAAAAUGCACUCCUCCACACCCAUAAUCCUCACCCUGAUCGCCCAGGCCGCCUCGCACGGCAUGGUAACCUCGCCGGCGACCCGCCAACCGGGCCCGGCGGCGGCAGCGGUGUGCGGACAGACGAUGGUGGACCACUACACGGCGGACGGGACGUCGUACCCGGAGAACCUGCAGCGGAACCCGGCGUGGAACGGGACGGGGUACGACGCGGGGCUGUGCAACCUGUGGCUGUGCAAGGGGUACCAGUUCGGCGACAACAAGGACCAGGUCCAGAGCUACGCGGCCGGCGACGUGGUCGACUUUGCCGUCAACAUCCGCAUCCCGCACAAGGGGUUCGCAAACGUCAGCGUCGUGGAUCUGGCCGCCAACCAGGUCGUCGGGGAGCCGCUCAGGGUCUGGGGGGAUGGCUACGCCGACCCGGCACAGUUUCCCAACCUACCCACGGAUCAGGUCGAGUUUAACGUGACGGUGCCUGAGCUGGACGGUCGGUGUGUUGAGGCGGGGGCCUGUGCUCUGCAAUGGUAUUGGUUUGGUCAGGGGCAGACUUACGAAUCUUGCGUUGACUUUACCCAGAAAGCAUCAGCUCCUGCAAUUAAGGGACGCCGGCCGUUGUAAAUCAGUCACGAAAAUAUGGGGUGAUUCUCUUCUUGGUUGUAAAUAUUAUUCUGAUGCAUAUGGGCUUUCAUACCUGUAUCUCUACAUCGUUCAUAUGUAUUUCAGCCUUACACUUUAUCAUAUAUGCCAACAUAUGAAACAACAUCUGUAUUGACAAGUUCGCUGAACAAAAAGAAACAAGACACAGAGGAAUACAUGGUAUAUAGGUAAAUGAAAGCAAAACAUUUCUCUUUCUGACAACACAACCCUUAUAAAUCAAUCAAGAAAAAAAAACUGCUCGCGAUUUAUGCCAUAACAAUGCCCAUGUCCAAGAAAAUUUGUCCCCAACACCUUUUAUCCCAAAGAAGCUUGAAAAACAAAAAGAUCCAACCCACAAAACCACCAGACAUCUAGAUCUAUGUCUACUCUAGUCUAGAAAAUCUUCAUCUAAAGUGCCGCCAAUUAUAUCCAACUUGAUGUCCUGAGACUUGCAAGCCUCGAUCAGUUCUUUUGGUAUCCGUCGGUCUUCUCCCUCAACCACAAUAAGCGACUUGAGGUUCCGCGCCAUGACCUCCUUAUUCUCUAUAGCGUUCAGGAACAGGUCCGACACCUCUUCGUCUGUUCCCAGCUCGCAGAAAAAUUCGAGCGUCUCUAGCUCGGGUGGUAGACCGACGCCCUGCAUGCGGGGCUUCUUUGAAGUCUUGCCCAUCAACUGGUAGUCCCACGAGAGGCGCAGCGUCUUGAGAGCGGCAAACUCACGCAUUCUCAUCGCCCUGCGGCCGCCUAGCGUCGGUAUGUCGAGCACGACGGUCUCGAGGGAGUGUGCCGCCCCUUGGAGGGCAAUGAUGUAGUCACCGGCGUUGUCUGAGCUCUCUUCCAACUCCGGGUGGGGCUCGGGUAGAUGUGUCAUGACAAACUCCUUGAGAGCUUCGGGGAACUCGAGAAUGUCGCCCAGGGCAUCAUCGCUAAUGUCACACUCGAUUAAAUGGAGUUUUUGGAGGGACGUCUUUUCCGGCUUCUCGAGAAAGUCGAAUCCCUUGUAGUCCAGUUUGGCUUUCCGUAUGAUGAGCGACUCAAGAGUUGGGUGAGAGAAGAUGUGGAUAUUCUCCUUGAGGUCCCAAUAUGCGUCGUUUGGGCACUGAUAAAAGAGCGUACAGGUCUUCAAGCAGGCCAGAUCGAACGGACCAUUGAAGAGACCACCUAUCCCGUGGAGGAGCGAGUCCGGCAUAGAAAUUUCUAGCAUUUCCAGGUUGGACAUUGUCGAGAUCAUGCGGGUUAGGACAUCGAAGCGAGACGAGGGGUGUUCAAGAUGCGAGACCUCAUCAACAACAACCGGUACGUCGAGGUUGAUUUGCGACAGCUUGCGACCAUUCCCACCCGGGUAGUCGAGACGGACGCCCAUAAUGAGGGAGCCACGACGGGGACGGCGACCGAGAGACUGGCUGAAGCGAAGGUGGUGCUCCGGGCGGUCGAACUGUAUCAUCUUGUACAGGAUGGAAUCUGCAAUGGCGUGGUACUGGUGAUUGAGGCGCGACACGUUGCACAGAUCGCGUUUGGAUGAUUGUCCGACAAUCUCGAAUAUGCGAAGUAGCAAGUCUUCGGGGAGCUCUGCCAGGCGGUCGACGAUAACUUUUGAGGCCAGCUCCGAGUCAGAGCUCGGGCUGGAGUGCGGUGGGGAGAGCAUCGCUGCACUCGAUUGAGGUCCAAAAAAAAAAAAGAAAUCGAGGACUGCGAGGCGGAAUGGUAUUGGAAUGAAUGAAAAUCGUGGCUACAAUGACGAAACACAACAAAAGAAAACAAAUCUGUC